CUCACCGAUGCCGAAGUCACGACUUCAACCAUGGUUACCUAUACAAAACCCAGAACCAUCAUACUGGAGACCAAACUAACGCAAUGGAUUUCUCUGAGCAAGACGUGGAUAUUUUCGGAGAAGGAGGAGGUCACGACUCUUCGGCUUCUUCAUCCUCUUCCUCCUCAUCGGCCUCCUCAUCUCGAUCGUCCUCAUCAUCAGCUUCUUCGUCGUCCAACGGCAGUGAUGGGAGACAGUCCACCAGUGGCAGUGGAAGUGCUAGUAGCGGAGAAGAGAAUGGAGAAGAAGUAGACAACGUUAGUAAAAUUAAUAACAACAACAAUUCUGAUUAUAAUAAUAACGAUAAUGAUAGAGGGUUUUAUGGCGGCUCUGAAGAAGAUGAUGAUAAAGAUCUAUUUGGCUCUGAUAAUGAAGAUUACUGUAAAACCCUUGCCACUAGUCCUUUCCCUAUACCUGUGUUGCCUGUUAUACGCUAUAGCAACAACCAAGGUGGUAGAGGGGGGUUUGGACGUGGUCGUUGGCAAAAUGAUAGAGGACCAGGCCUUCUUCCCCGACCAGGACCAUAUCCUCAAAGGCAGGGUUAUGGCUAUGGCUCAAAAUUUUCAAAUGGUCGUCAUGAUGAACGGUUUGUUUCAGAAUUUAAGCUUACUAGGAGUGAAGAAACUUUAUCAAGAAAAGUUGUUGCUUUUCAAGAGCCAUGCGAACUUGCUUGCUAUAGUCGUGUAGAAGGUGGGCAAGUCUACAAUGAUGACCGCAGCUUGAGGCUUUUUAAGCGUCUCAUCUCUGAAGAUGUUGGAGCUGACCUAAACGAAGGUUAUGACACUUUUAUUGAGAAAAAAGACUUGGGCUCUGAGGGUUUUGGCGACUUGCUUGCCUGCAUAAGAGACAAAAACAUCCCACUUCAGAACAUGCAUUUUGUGACUUUCCGAAACAACCUUAAUAAGAUUCUGGCUACUGCUUAUAUUCGACAUGAACCUUGGGAAAUGGGUGUGCAUAAAAGGAAUGGGGUCGUUUAUCUUGAUGUGCAUAAAUUACCAGAAAGACCAAAAAGUGAGUUGGAUCGUCGAAGAUGUUACUGGGGAUACUGUUUUGAGAGCCUUGCCACUGAAGAUCCAAGAAGAGCUGAUGGAGAAGGGAUACAUAAUCUUGAUGCCAAUGUUGAGUUCUGUGCUGUGAUCAAAACCAAAUUAGGGGCUCAUCGUCUUCUGAUGGGUGCUGAGAUGGAUUGCUGCGACUCAACUGAUGAUGGAAGAAAGUUUUAUGUGGAGUUAAAGACCAGUCGUGAGCUGGAGUAUCAUACUGAGGAAAGAUACGAGAGAGAGAAACUGCUCAAGUUUUGGAUUCAAUCUUUCCUGGCUGGUGUUCCUUUUAUUGUUGUUGGAUUUAGGGAUGAUUCAGGUCGACUAGUUCGUACAGAAAGACUAAGAACCAAAGAUAUUACACACAGAGUGAAAAUGAAGAAUUACUGGCAGGGAGGAGUAUGCUUAGCGUUUGCUGACGAAGUAUUAUGCUGGCUCUAUGGAACAGUCAAAGAGAAUGAAGAUUACAUAUUGCAAUUUGCUCCGCCAUUCAACAGAUUAGAGCUUCUACAAGCCCAUUCUUGCCCAGAUGCAAUUACUAAGCAUGUUCAGGAAUUGUAACCAUUUGGAGAUUUUUUUUGAAACUUGAAUAAUAUUCUAAAAAUGCAGGAUAAGUUUAAAGUUACGAGGUAAGAAAUUUUGUAUUUAAAUAUUGGUUGUAAUUUUGAGAAAUUACAUGCUUUGAUACGCCAAGCUACCCCGUUAAUGGGGUGUCGUGAUCAAAUUCAAAGGAGUGGAUCCCAUGUUUUUUCUCCAGAGAGUAUAUUUUUGUCAUUGAUGAAGCUACAUUUCAAUUUU